AUGCGUUUUGUAGGAUCCUUCCGAGUGCUCCUGGCGCCGUGCGGGGUGGCCGAAGGGGCUGGGGAGGGAGACCCCGGGACCCGGCCCAAAGGCUUCGCCAUCACCGACCUGCUGGGCCUGGAGGCUGAGCUGCCGUCUCCGGCCGGACUCGGUCCGGGGUCGGGCUGCGAGGGCCCAGCGGCCGCGCCCCGUCCCAAUCCCGGGCUCGGCGCCCCCCGCCUCGCGCUCGGGACCCUUCCGCUGGGUCUCGGCUUCCUCUGCGGCUUCGGUGCACAGCCCCCCGCGGCCGCUAGGGCGCCCUGCCUGCUCCUCGCCGACGUGCCCCUUCUGCCUCGCCGGGAGCCCGAGCCUGCGCCCCCACCAGCCCUCCGCCGCCCGCCAUCCCCGCUUGGCCGCCAGCAGCGCAGCGAAAGCGUCUCCACGUCGGAUGAGGAAAGCCUACCUGGAAACAGGAGUGACCUGAAGGUGUCCCCAAACCCUGGCAAGAGGAAGAAGAGGCGGCACAGAACUCCCCGCUCAGAGACACCUCCAAGCGCCCUAGUCACAGUGUCUCCUGCCUCAUACCAGGUCUGGUUUCAAAAUCGGAGGGCCAAGUGGCGGAAGCAGGAGAAGCGCUGGGGCGGCAGCAGCGUGAUGGCCGAGUAUGGGCUCUACGGGGCCAUGGUGCGACACUGCAUCCCUUUGCCGGACUCUGUCCUCAACUCCGCCGAGGACAGCCUGGCCGGUUUCUGUGCGCCCUGGCUCCUAGGGAUGCAUAAAAAAUCCACAGGGAUGAUAAGGAAACCAGGAAAUGAAGAAAAGCUGGCUGGGUUCUGGGGCCCUGACCACCUCAAGGAAGGUUCUAGUCCAAGUCAGGCAAGAUCCCGGAGCGUCGCCAAUGCAGCCAGCCCUGAGAGUAACUUGGAAGAUGUUGCCAUUGAUCUCUCCAGCUCCUCAUGGCAGGAAACCAAGACGGUGCACCCGAGGGCCAGUGCUCAAGAUUCGGAGGGGCUCCAGCCUAGGAAGGUGGGAGCCUUCUGA